AGCGCUUGUUCUCCGUGCCUGAGCGCCAGGUUCAUUCGCGCAAACACCGGAUCAGGCGGAGGGCAUCAUGGAAACUUUCGCUGUGGACGGUUUUCCUGAUGCAAAGCUCAUGUUGGCGUUGUUUACGAACGUCAAGAACGCUGCAGACCUCAAGAGGAAGUAUUUGAAUCGCAUCGCCCUUCUGGACGCAGGGCUGGUGCUCAGCGUAUUCCAGCUGCGAGUGGCCGCGGCGAUGGCAGUCGAGAAGGAGAAAGCAGGGAAAAUGAAGACAAGAUCACUGCCGUCGGAGAUGGUGUGGUCGCUCUCCGGCUCCAAGAACAUCACGGGUACUCUACAGACGUUCUGUGUACAGGCGAGUGAAGUGGACGAUGCAGACCUCUUGGUGGCCGCUAUUGGCAUUGACGAGGACGAUCUCCGAUCAGUUCUGGCGGACAUCAAAGGACAACCUUGCGGACUGGAAAAAUUGGGGGUGGGGCUUCACCCGGUGGAUGGGGGUGUCGGCGACGGGCAGCAGCAGCAGCAGCAGCAACAGCAGCAGCGGCAGGGGGGGGACGCUAGCAAAGGGCGGGAGCGAUUGAAGAAGUUGUAUAAGAUUACCGAGGAAGAGCUGGCAGUGAAUAACUUAGAAGACUGCGUUGUUAUGCGCAUGGCAGUCAAAGACCAUUGAUCUCGUGUGUGGUUGAGUUAGACUGUUGAAGCAGCGGUGUUGGUGGUGGCAAAAGGCGAAUUAUCUCGUCGUAUCAUCUAGUUAGUUGGAGAAGAAGGGGGGAUCAUACGUUUUCGUAAAUGUGAAUGUUGCUGAAUGUUGCACAGAUCACCGAGGCUGUGGCAAAACCCGGUUUAGUGCCAAGCUUGUUUCUUUGUAACACUGCUCAGGGCUUGAGCGCGCCCACCCGCCCUAGGAGCGUGCCAAGGUCCGUUGAAGUAAAUCAGAGAGCGACUGUAAUAGCUGUGGCCAGUGGCGAACCGA